CAACAUCUUUGAUUGGAAUGUUUCAUGUUGGGGGAGGAGUUAAAUUUCAGGGUAUAAAAAUGUCUGCAGACUGUCAUCCUGUCAAAGUCAAGAAGUGUCUCAGCUGAGCUGCACACCUUCACCAGGUUGGAGACAUGGACUCAGAUCAAGUAGAGGUGGCUGCCCUGAAUCGCCCUUUUGCCUUGGGGAUGCUGUAUGAUGCAAAGAUGGAUAAACUGUACACAGAUUUCACACUGUGGGACAUGGAAACGAUUAAAAAGUACAGCACUAGGCAGAAUCAGACCAGUAGCAACUAUGAAAUUACUGCAUCAGACUCAAUUGAGUCCAAGUUUUCUCUGCUGGAUGUCAGCGCUUCUGUCAAAGCCAGUUUCCUGGGGGGACUGAUUGAGGUUGGAGGAUCCGCCAGGUAUCUGAAUGACAACAAGAAAUCCAAGAACCAGAGCAGAGUGACGCUUCAUUUCAGUGCUACGACUGCAUAUGAACGACUGGCAAUGACCCAUCUUGAAGCAAAGGCCACACAAAUACAAGAUGUCAUUAAGAAGAGCGGUGCAACACACGUCGUCACAGGCAUCCUUUAUGGAGCAAAUGCUUUCUUUGUGUUUGACAGCGAGAAAUUGGAGAGCAGUAGUGUUAAGAACAUCGAGGACAACAUGCAGGCUGCGAUUAAGAAGCUUCCAGCGUGUAACUUUGAGGCAGAAGUUGACGUCAAGCUGAGUGAUGAAGAAAAAGCUGCAACUAAAAAAUUCUCCUGCAAAUUCUACGGAGCCUUCAUUCUUGACAGCAACCCUUCGACAUUUGAAGAUGCAGUGAAGACAUACUCACAGCUUCCAAAGCUCCUUGGUGGCAAUGGAGAGAAGACAGUUCCUGUCAAAGUGUGGCUGACAACGCUGAACAAACUGGACCCAACAGCUGAAGAGAUGAAGAGUGAGAUUAGUGUUGGGUUGCUGAGGAAAGCUGUGAAUGCUCUAGAAAACAUCAAAGAAAUGGAAAUGAGAUGCAAUGAUUCAAUGAUUCUGGAUGAAGAGGUGGUUGAGAAUUUUCCACAAAUUCACAAAAAGUUGAGUCGUUUCCAUGACCUUUGUGAAGAUUAUGCAAAAAAACUCAGACAGACCAUGAUGGUGAAAAUUCCUGCCAUCCGCGAGGGUAAAGAAAAGGAGAGUACACUGCAGGAAAUCUUAGGUGACCAGGAAAAGUCACCAUUCAGUCUGGAGAAUCUAGACAAGUGGUUAUAUAAUGCAGAGAGAGAAAUCAAUGUUAUCAGGUGCUGUCUGGAAAUAAUGAAAGGAAUAAAGAUCUCCAAAGAUGAGUCAAAGUUUGACAAAGAGGUUUUCACUCCAGGUGUACAGGACACUCUGUGCUUUAUCUUCACUUCCCUGGAAACUGAUGACCCCUACCUGGACCAGAUGGAUAACUACCUGCAUUCUGGUGAAUCACCUAAGAGUUUCCUUCCACCAACCAAAGACCACUGGUUCUUCUCAGAAGAUGUGAUUGAUGACAUGAAAAUGAAAUCUGAAGAUUUCUCCACAAUUGUCAAAGGCCUGAAGGAUAGCAGCAGAUUUCGUUUCUUUGUGUCAGCGAUAAGAAAUGAGAAAUACAAAGGAGCAACCAUCUACCAUUACAAGAAGAGCAACAAGACCACUGAAGAAUUUUCAAAGCCUGCUGUUCCUAAUGUCGAAGCUGUUGAAGACCGCGAAGCUCUAAUUUGGUAUGGUUGUGAUCUCACCCUGGAUUUAGAAACAGCAAACAACCACCUGAUUCUGUCUGAGGAUAAAAAGAUGGCGACAUGUGGAGAAUUGAAGGGAUAUGACAAUAACUCUAAGAGGUUUGAUUUAGUGCCUCAGGUUUUGUGCAGCGAGGGGCUGACUGGGCGCCAUUACUGGGAAGUACAGUUGAGUACCGAUUCUACCACUAAGGCUGGCAUAGCUGUUAUGUACCAAAGCAUCCAGAGAAAGGGAGAAGGUGGUGAGACAGAAUUUGGUGCUAAUUCCAAAUCCUGGUAUGUUGGUACAUGCUCUGUAACAGACUUCACUGUGUGGCAUAAUGGCAAAUUAAGAAGCGGCAGUCUUCCAAGCAGCUGGAGUAGAGUUGGAGUGUUUCUUGAUUACCCCAGUGGCACGGUGUCUUUCUAUACAGUCUCCUCUAACACACUGACACACCUCCACACCUUUCACACCACAUUCACAGAGCCUGUUUACCCAGGCUUCUGGAUAAAAAACAUAUCCAACUAUGUUAAACUGUCUCCAGUUUAAUACCAUCAGCAGAAUCAGUCACAGCAGAAAAAUCUGGGACAAAAAACAAAAUGAAAGAUUUUGCAUUAUGUUUUCAUAAACCUCUUAUAGCUUUAUAUUGUACUGAGCAAAUACACUUUUAAAUGUUUCAGGUGUUAUGGUGAAUUUUAUUGGGACAUUAUUUUUUACACCAGUAAGCCAAAACCUGAAUGCCUAACAUGGUGUGUGUGUGAUCCUGCCAAAAGCGUCUUCCUUAAGCCAGCUAACUGUCCUUUUCUCACAGUGAAUUCUGGUACCAUCACUAGGCCAUCAGGAAAGUAAGCUCUAUACCCAGCUGGCGAUAUGAUUGAAGUAAAAUAUGGAUUCAUUGCCCUGAGGCUGUUAUUGGAACAUCCGUUUUGGCUCACUGAUGCAUUUAUUGCCUGCUCAUGAACUUUUUUUUGUGUUCAUCACAGCUGCAUGACGCAUAACAUUAAUUUACUAUUAAAUGCUGUGAUAGAAAGUAGGGUAUAAUCUCAUUAUGAUAAAUGUUGCUGUGGGGACCAGGGGGAUCUAAUUAUUGUAAUGCUUCAUGAUUCAUAUGCUACAUACAUACUAAAUAUUUGUGGAGGUUAGUUAUUCUCCUAAAAGGAGGGUAAAGAAUGUGUUUCUGUUUUAGUUUCUCCUAGUUACUUAAAGCAUUUGGUUUUCUUCUCCUUACAUGAUCCCAUUCAAAGCUACUAACAUGGCAAACCUAAAACAUAACACAUGUAAACCUUACUGUUAAUGAGUAUCAGGCACAGUUAGCUGAUGAGGAAUUAAGUGUGAUGAUAGCCUGAUUUCUUUAUCUUAAAAACAAUUGUGUGUGUUUUAAAGUAGAUGAUAUCUUACAGUCUUUUUGAAGUGGGCUUUCUGGCUAUAUAAUUGCCAUUUUAUAAACAAAACAAGUGUAAUGUGCCACUCAGGAAAUCUGUGAGUAGGGUCUGACCACAUUUUCCACUCUGACUCAGAACACUGCACAUAGAGUCAACACAUGCUGUUAACAUGCUGAUGUUUGUGAAGCUGAAGCUCUCCUGCUUUGUGUAACACUGACACCUGGUGGAUGUCAUCAAUAAAGCUGAAUCCUGAGUUGAACAGCAUGUACUGCUUCCUGUUUAUCCGAAUGUUCAU